ACCAAAAUCCAGAAAACACGGUUUGGAAUCGACCCGUCUAUUAAAGGGGUCUUUUUGUCUCCAAACCCCAUUUAGAACUCCGCUCACUCCCCUUCUCUACUUCACAAUCAACAGCAACCGCCCUUCUUUGUCUUCCCGCCUAUUCUCUCUUUAUCAACCAAAUAACAUUGGCGAUCAAGCCCUAGUUCUAUUUCUUGGUUUUCAGAAUCUUAUACAAUCACGGAUAUGGUCAAUACUGUGACGUCCAGAGAUAUUCAGGACAUUGUCUCCAAACUCUCAUCAGAUAAAGCAAAAUCUCGUGAAGAAGGGAUUAAGUUGUUAAAUGCAUGGCUAGAAGAAGGCCAAAGAUCUGUUGAGUUCUGCAGAUACGUUGGAGAGAAGACCGCGAGGCUUAAACCAGAUGAAAUUCCUCAUUCUGAGACGUGGCCGUUUCUUGUUACAUUGCUUACUAAAUGUGUGUCCCUGGAGAUAUCUGUGAGCAAAAAACGUUUGCCCAAGUUGAAUUUUGCUAAAACUCUUCGGAUUGUUGUCCAACGAGCAGAGGAUGCCAAAUUUUCAGGCAAAGAUAUGCCUCUUUUACCUGUGGUAAAAUUGCUAUUCAAUCAUGUCUGGGAUGUCUUAAAGGAUACUCCUAGUUUUCAAUCCGAGUAUGGAACUAUUCUCCGGCAUCUUUUGGCAGUGAGAUCUUACCGUUUUCACAUGAGGAAGCGAGUUUACUGCUGUUUGGUGCUUCUAUACAUGGAAAAGAUAGAAAUAAGUUUAAAAGAAAAAAGUGAUAGCCAAAUAAAUCCAAGAGAGGAGGUCUUUCGUUGCAUCUCGACACUUCAUUCUCUCCUUGAAAAUCCCCCUGGAGGUUUUCCUGACAGCCUCCAAGAGGAUAUUGUCAAGGGUUUUAUUGAAAUUUUUUCUUAUGUAAGGGAUGAAGGGAAGAUUUCACGCAAGCUAAUCGAGUGCAUUAACAUAUACUUGCUGAAGGAUGGCCCAAAUUUGGGUUCUAAAUCCCUGGAAAUCCAUGAUGCUCUGCAUCAUUUUGUCUUCCGAUGUUGGAUGACAACUCGUGAUCGUGGUUUAAAGGAUUCACUUGUUCUUUAUGCAAGGCUACAACUAAAUUUGACGAGAGAUUUUGCUGAUGGGAGCUCUUUAUUAGAACAACUUCAGGAUGUACUAGGGAAGGAAUUAGAUCAAAUGAGCAGUUGGACCUUCAAUUUACCCUGGAAAGACACAACCAGGGAUGACAAAUGUGGAAGCUUGUCAAGCUCUCAAUGCGGUCUUAUGGAGCUUGCAGCACUUGUCUUUUACCGGGCAUGUCUUAACACACCUAUAGCAUCGUCAUCUGAGAAACGACUUAGAAGGGAGCAUGUUGUAGUCCAGAUAAGGGAGAGGCUCUCAAGGGGAAAGUGGCCGUGGCAUGCAGCUUUCUGUUACCUCAUCCACAAUUAUUAUGGUCGCAUAAAGAAGGAUUUGUUGAUCUAUUGGUUUGAAGGUAUAUGUGCAAGUUUUGAAAGGAUAAUAAAUGAUGCAAACAUGGAGCAUAGUUAUGAAGGUCUCUUGUGGACAUUGAGGAGUCUUCAAGGACUUUCUUUGAUGCUGUGGUUUCCUGUUCCAGCACUGCAAACAUCUUCAGAGUUGUCAUCCACAUUUAAUGGGGUUGAAACAGGUUGGCGUACGAUAUGGAACUGUGUUAUUGGUGGUUUGCCCACAUUCAGUACUUUUACAGCAGUUGUGGAUGCUGCAUUAAGGCUACUUAGAAACAUAAUACUCAAUGAUAAAAUGAAUGCAUACCUUGUGCCCCAGGACUUGUGGGAUCUUCGAUUACUUAAACGCGUGCCAUCAAUAUCUGUUUUGUGCUUCAUUUCGUGUUACUUUUCAAGGAAAGGCUAUCAAGGUGAUCUUAGAGACGCUUUAUAUUUGAGGCAAAAUCUUUUGAGAGCUGUUUUGGCUGUUCCUUUCUGGAAGGUUUGUUAUAUUAUACUGUUAUAUGUUGUUAGAUAGUUAGUAGUUAUGUAA